AUGAUGCUGAGCGGGAGGAUUUUGAUUCUUGUGGGGUUGGUGAGUUAUGGAGUUCUUGCGAGAAACGCGGACGACAAUCGGGAUUUACACAAGGAGACGAGUACCAAGAAGUACGGUGGUUCUAUGUUGAUGGAGAUCGCGAAGGAACUUGUACAAAGAUCGUCAACUAAUAGUCAGGUACUGAAUUUAAAUUUGUCAAAUUUGUUGCUACUUCUGGUACUAAAAGCAGUCGUGUUUGGAGCAGGAUAUUUAGGAAACCAUGGCUACAAAGGACGUGAAUUAGAUGAAGAAAAUUUGGUAUCUGAAGGAGAGGUUACACUGGCACUGGGAUACCUAAUGGGAGAUACGUGCCUCUAUAGAGCAGCCUGUGAAGAACCUCAUGUAGCGAAAGAAUACCUGGGAGCCGCAGAAAUGAUCAUCGAAACGAUGAAAUUGCUACCCCAAAGUUCGCCAGUUGAAGGGAAAUACAAACAAACAAUAGGGGAAUUCAGCAAAGCCAUCGAAUACGGCAUUAAGAAUAGCUGUCCGCCUGAAUAUACCUGCAAGAAGGAGAAUAUUAAGAAUUUUUUGCGAGAAGAAAGGAAAUGA